AUGGCGGCUGAGCCUCCACUUCACCUACCUAGAUCUGUUCGACUUUCAAAGCCAAAGUUCCUCAAGGACCAGUUUGACACCAUCGAUUUAUCCGACAACGAGAUUGUGAAGCUCGAAAACUUUCCCUCCUUAAAUCGCCUAGGAACUUUGUUUCUGAAUAACAACAUAAUUACUCGCAUCAAUCCCAAUCUUGGAGAAUUUUUGCCCAAACUGCACACUUUGGUACUCACUAACAAUAGGCUAACGAACCUGGUUGAAAUCGAUCCUCUUGCAUCUCUCCCGAAGCUGCAGUUUCUCAGUCUGCUUGACAACAACAUCACGAAGAAACCUAAUUAUCAGUUAUAUGUUAUCCACAAGUUGAAGUCUCUGCGCGUUCUAGAUUUCAGGAAAGUCAAACAGAAGCUUGGCAGUAAUGGAUCCAAUUUGAUCGAGGAAGAACAUGAGUCACAUACUAUAUCUGCUUGGAAAGAAGCAAAGUCUUAUCUGAAUAGUCAAAUUGGUGGGCAAGGAGGUUCCAGCCAGCUUGUGCAAGUAUUUGCGGGUUCUUUAAACAUUCCCCAAGCUCAUUGCCAAUACUUCAGUUUCCAAUCUAUGCAAUUCCGUUGGGGACGUGGGUUCCGAAAAUUGGGGAGGCCAAUCGACAGCCACUGGCAAUGUUGA